GGGACUGGGGUGAGUCAGCUCCAACUGGAGGGAGAAGGGGCCCGGCCCCUUUCACAAACAAAAAAUGGCAGUGCCCAGUGCGGGGGUAGAACCCGGGUUUUAAACGUGGCCUGGAUCCACUGGGAUACCCCCAUCCCCAGGUGGGGGUCAGCGAAGGAGAUAAACUCGGCUUGGGGAGGGGCAGGGCAGACACCCUGAUGGCCGCCACCUGCCAAAGUCAACGCCCUGGCCCUGGGGAGGGGGGAGGGGGCUCCAUCCAGCUGGCGGUUCCCCUCCCUCCCCCAGCUCAUACCUGGGCCACAACAGCUGCUCACCUGGGGCAAAGUCCAGCUGCUACCUGCAUUCUAUGGAGUCUGGUUCCCUGUGGCCAGGGGAGGCCCCCUUCCCCCCCAAACCGGGUCCCUUCACCCCAACCCUGGCUCUACCCUCCUUUGCCAGGCAACAGCCUUCCUGUGUCUGGGCCUCAGUUUCUGCCCUCCUCCCCCAAGGCCAGAGCUCACUGGGAAGGUAUGAAGAUGAAAGAGCAGUCCUGUUUAUUGAGCACCUACUGUGUGCCGUAUUAAUAACCUGCCUUCCCCAGCUCAUGCGCAGAUGUGCAGGGAACAGAGCCUGGCACAGAGGAGGCGCUCAAUUCGUGUUUGUUGAUUGAGUAAAGAAACUCAUUUCCAGAGGGCAAGUGGUGCCCCCAGGGUCCCGCACCCUCCAAGGGGCAGAGCCGGGGUUCAGGAUGCCCAGCCAGGCCCCAUGGCUGGUGUUUGGUUCCCUCGCAGGACUCCAGCGCUCCCCACACCCCCCCCCCCUCAAAGGCUCCCUGCCAAGAUGGCCUCCGCCGGGGACGCCCCCACAAGUGCGCGCGACGCCGCCGACCAGAACUUCGAUUACAUGUUCAAGCUGCUGCUGAUCGGGAACAGCAGCGUGGGCAAGACGUCCUUCCUGUUCCGCUACGCCGACGACUCCUUCACGCCCGCCUUCGUCAGCACCGUGGGCAUCGACUUCAAGGUCAAGACCGUCUACCGCCACGACAAGAGGAUCAAGCUGCAGAUCUGGGACACGGCGGGCCAGGAGCGCUACCGGACAAUCACCACGGCCUACUACCGCGGAGCCAUGGGCUUCCUCCUCAUGUACGAUGUCACCAACCAGGAGUCCUUUGCCGCCGUGCAGGACUGGGCCACGCAGAUCAAGACGUACUCCUGGGACAACGCCCAGGUCAUCCUCGUGGGAAACAAGUGUGACCUGGAGGACGAGCGCGUUGUGGCCGCCGAGGAUGGCCGGAGGCUUGCCGAUGACCUGGGUUUCGAGUUCUUUGAGGCCAGCGCCAAGGAGAACGUCAAUGUGAAGCAGGUGUUUGAGCGCCUGGUGGAUAUCAUCUGCGAGAAAAUGAACGAAUCCCUGGAACCCAGCUCCAGCCCGGGCAGCAACGGGAAGGGCCCGGCCCUGGGGGACACAGCAGCCCCCCAGUCCAGCGGUUGCGGCUGCUAGGCAUGGACCCCGUCCCCCCAACCCCUGCCUGCCCCCUCCUGCCUCGGCGGGGACUGUGACCGCGGUGGGAGCCACGAGGGCCAUCUCCACAGCUCAGGGCACCCCCUUCCCUCCCGUCAUCUGCCCUCUGCCCCCCGCACGGCCACCUACUUACCCAAGCCACCCCCGUCCGAGGCCCUGGGGGUGCAGCUUUGCAUCGCAGGCAGGGGUCUGGGGGUUUGAUGUGCACGAGCUUUCUGCUUUUCAAGGCCUUUUCAGGGGGGUACCGUGGGCAGCAUGCCCCACCCCGCCUGGUGGAGGGGCACCCUCGGUGUCUUCGGGCUCAGAAGCAUUGUCAAGUCCACACCGCGUGGGGUGUCGAGCGGGGUCCACGAGCUGGCCCAUGGUGGUUCACCUUCUCUGCAGUUUCGGUUCUUGGAAUUAAACCCGGGGGGCGUGAAAGGCGGCCCCCAGCCCCACUUUCUCAGGGCCUCGUGUCCCCUGGCCCCGCAAACUUCCUGGGACCCCAAAGUUCCCAGUUGGAGCUCCUUUCUGGUCCGCGACCCCUCAGCCUGAGAAAGCAGUGUUAAAGCAGCUUUUCCCAUUGGAGGAGGCACAGAGAGUCAGAACCCCCAGCUCCAGGGACCCUAGAAGUGCCUUUUGGAGCUUUUCCAGAAUUCCAUACCCCCCGUUCCCAUAACCCCGCCACCAUUAGGGCUUUUCCACCGCAUUAUUGGAUCCUGACUCCAAUUGCAGAAUCAGGGACAGCUUAAGGCUCUCUGCGGGGAGGUAACCCCCAGAGCCGGGACAGUGCCCCCCACACCCCUGCCCCAUCUGGCUGGUCUGGUUUUAAGCAAGAUCUUUCCAAAUCGUGCAUCUUGCUAGAAAAGGAAAUUGGGCAAUGUUCCCACAGCUUGCGCCCACUGGCGACUUCCUGUUGUAAGACUUGGGCUUCUCCGAUUUGGGGACCCUGAGGGACCCUGCAUCCGUUUUCUGAGCCGUGUCACUGACAGGGCCCGGCAGGGUGAUGUCCGCAAACAGAGGAGCCGCUUCUAAGGGGUGUGCUGGGGUUGGCCCAGAGGGGCAAGGAGGUGGUGGUUUUGGGGGGCAGUUAUAACCCAUGAUGGCUGCUUGUGCUUCGUGGACAUGACUGGAAAGGGUCGAGACCCUCGUGCCAAUGGGGCAUUGUCUUGGGUUGUCCAUGAGGCUGGGGUCCCCAAUUGCCAGAGGCCUUCUGCUGGGAGAUUAUGCAUCAUUUGUCUUGACCCCCAGCUCAGUGGCCCUUCCUUCCUACCCAGGCCCAACCUCCAGGGCCAUGACUCUCUUUCUGCCCUGUAAUACCAACUGACACCCCAUAACAUGGCAUAUACCAAGGAGGGCCUCGUGGGCUUGGUGGGAAAGAAGGCCUUUCCUUUCUUGGAUGAUUCUUGAUCCCACCCUGCCAACCCAUCCCAGCCUUUGUAGCCAAAUGGCUUCCUUCAGCCAGUGUCUUAAAAGAGCUCAAGGCAUCCCCAAGGGGUGCUGGAGCAGGCCUGGUUUGCAGCAUCAAAUUUAUUUCUAGGUGCCUCCCCCCCCAUUCACUUCACACCAGAGGCUGCCCUUAGAGUCUCAAAGUCAGGGUAUCUUUGAACGCCAACAAACCAGAUGGUGUAGAUGAAAUGGACAAAUUCCAAGAAACACACAAAGUGAGGGUAUCUUGAAAUGCCGAGUGGGAGUCAUGGUUUUUAGUUAACAUUCAAGUCAAAUUUAAAAGGGCUUCGUAAGGUGCAACACAACCUGUCCAGCUACCAUUGGCCAAUCCAUCUUUCCUAAACUGCUGCCAGCAAAAACGGCAGCUCCGAGAACCUUUCUCGGAGGGACAAAUGAGCUGGCUUGGCUACGCCUGUGUGAUAAAAAAAAAACAGCUUUGGCUGAAUCUCAAACCUGCCUUGCUCUAGGAUUCCUGUUUACACAAGAUUUUUCAACAUUUCAGCCUCAGGUAGCAACAAAGAGCUCCCUCCGGGUGCUCUCAAGGCUGGAAAUAAAAUGUAGCAAAAAAAAACACACACACAAAAAACAAAAAACUUGUUUCUUCUAAAAAUAAUGCAAAUUUUUAUUUUAUGAAUUUUUUUUUUUUAUAGGGGGAAGGUAGGUAGGGUCUGAAGACUGAAACAUUGAGGUAUGGAGGGUCAUUAAGUUUACAGGCAAAAAUAAACCCAAAAGGCCUUGUGAAAACCACUUCCCAGUUCCAGGGAGCCUGGGGCUGAGACCUGAACUGGUGCCUUCACUUCUUACCAUUAGCUACUGGCAGCUUUUCUUUCCACAGGCAGUGUCAGUGGGAAAUUGCCACAACCGUGGUGGUUUGGGGUUCUGCUUUUUUUUCCUAUUUUUUCUGUCCCACCCCCCGCCCCAGCUUCCCCUGGGAUUGUACUCUCACAUCUCCUCUCCUCCACUGAGAAAAACAAGUAAAGGGUGAUAUUUGGCCUCCAUGUAGAAGCAAUAAUUCCGCUACUGACCUGUCCUUGGCCAAUCCCGAAACACUACGGAAUGAGCUCUCGGCCCUGGUAAUUUAUACCCCGGAUGGGAUUCUCCAGUGUAAGCAAUUCCUUGAGGUCCAAUUUGGAGAGAUGUGCACCUUCCUCCGCAAGAAGAAAAAAAAAAUUAAAGUCAUUAUGUCCGAAUGUC